CAACUGAUGCAGUUAAUUCAGUGUGUGUGUGUGUGUGUGUGUGUGGCUCUGCAGUGACAGGGGGUAGGAUUUGGCAAGUCCUGCAGAAUUGGUUUCAUUUUAAAUAGCAGACGAUCACGGGGUCGGGCUCUGCCCACCCCUGGAAUUACCUUUGAACACCACAAGCCUCACAUCUUCCCUCCUCCUCCUCCUCCUCCUCCACCACCACCACCACCACCAUCCAUCCAUCCCACCAAAUGAUGUGAGCUGCGCUGGUUUAAAGAGCCAUGGACGCGUCGGGAAGCCCAGAGCGAAACUUCACCAUCGCAUUUUAGCGGACAAUUCGUUCAGACUUCAGCUACAGUGUUAGCUAAGUCUGGAAAACACCAUCCGACCACAGUGCUUGGCAUUUUCAGCCACUGUUUCCUUUUUUGGGGUUUUUUUUUCUCUCUCUAAUAAUAUCUAAUCAUUACCAUCGAAGAAAAAGAAACAGAAGAAAAAGAAAAGAAAAAGAAAAGAAAAAAAAAAAACACCUUACAACAAGGACCAGAAGUAAAAAUCAGGCGGAUCGAAACCCGGACGACGCACACCUGCGCAAAGUAACAAGACCGUACCCCCCACCCCCCACCUUUCUUGACCUACGAGAUGGCUGGAAUGAGAGCCUCUUUCGUGAGAAUUAACACCUCCAACAGGUUUCUAAUUUACCUGUGUCAUGGAUUGUCGACCUGGGGAGACAGGAUGUGGCACUUUGCUGUGUCUAUGUUUCUCAUGAAGCUCUAUGGCGAUAGUCUCCUUCUGACUGCUGUCUAUGGGCUGAUAGUUGCAGGAUCUGUCCUAUUGUUGGGAGCUAGCAUUGGAGAUUGGGUGGACAAAACUGCAAGGCUUAAAGUUGCUCAGACAUCCCUGAUUAUCCAGAAUGUCUCCGUCAUCAUUUGUGGCGUGAAUCUUAUGGUAGUUUUCCAUUUUGAUUGGGAGAUUCGCACCAUGUACAACGGCUGGCUACUUACUCUUUCCUACAUAUCAGUCAUAUCCAUGGCCAACAUUGCGAAUCUGGCAAGCACUGCUAUGUCAAUCACCAUUCAGAGGGAUUGGAUCGUAGUAAUUGCAGGUGGAGAUAGCAACGUCCUCUCAGUGAUGAAUGCCACCAUUCGCAUCAUUGAUCAGUUGACAAAUAUUGCGGCUCCGUUGGCAGUUGGCAAUAUAAUGACAUUUGGCUCCAUUAAGAUCGGCUGUGGUUUUAUCGCUGGUUGGAAUUUGUUCUCGAUGUUCAUGGAGUAUUUUCUGCUGAGGAACAUUUACCAAAAAACUCCUGCGCUGGCCAUCAAAGGAGGUCAGAAGGCAGAGGAACAGGAGAAGGAUUCACUGAACAUACAAAGAGAUAUUGAUUUGAGGCAGAUCAACACAGGUGAGAAACCAAAACCCACAAAUCCGGCUGAAGCUGUCUAUCUGAUGAGUGAGAAACCCCAAGAAAUUGAAAAACAUGCAGAAAAAGAGCAGAGUGCCUGUGGCAAAGUUCGGGAGCAUUUCCAGACAUUCAAGAAUGGUUGGAAGGCAUAUUACAAUCAGUCAGUGUUUUUGGCAGGCCUGGCCCUUUCAUUCCUCUACAUGACUGUCCUUGGAUUCGACUGCAUUACCAGUGGAUAUGCCAUCACCCAAGGUUUGAAAGAAUAUGUUGUCAGCAUAUUGAUGGCAGUCUCUGCUAUCGCUGGAAUUACUGGAUCAAUUGGCUUCACGUGGGUUUCCCGAAAAUGUGGCUUAAUUCGCACAGGAUUCAUUUCUGGUGUCACUCAGUUAUCCUGUCUGAUUUUGAGUGUAGUUUCUGUCUUCAUGCCUGGCAGUCCUUUGGAUUUGUCCAUCUCACCCUUUGACGGCUUCACCAAUAGGUUUUUGGAUGGAAAUAAUUUGACCAAAUCUGUCCUCCCGACCACGGCGUCAGCACUCGGAUUUGCCAACACAACAGCCACCCAGAGCGAUGAGCACAGCUUCAGGCCAGAGUCUUAUAUCUCAGUGAGCUUGCUCUUUGCUGGAGUCAUUGCAGCAAGAAUUGGCCUCUGGGCGUUCGACCUUACCGUGACACAACUCCUUCAAGAAAACGUGGCUGAAUCGGAAAGAGGAAUCGUUAACGGAGUCCAGAAUUCCUUGAAUUACCUCCUGGACCUGAUGCAUUUCAUCAUGGUGAUAUUAGCUCCAAAUCCAGAAAGCUUUGGGCUUCUUGUACUCAUCUCAGUUUCCUUUGUUGCCAUGGGUCAUGCAAUGUAUUUCAAGUUUGCUUAUAAAUCACUGAGAAGUCAGCUGUUUGCAUGCACCUCCAAAGAGCUGACAUCCCAGACCCCAAAUCCCCAAACACCCGAUUGUGAGGCAGUUAGCACCUGAGUAGCAAUUAAAGAGAUACUAUCCCUCCUUAUGUUUUGCAUUUUAUAACCAUUAGUCUUGCAUAGUCGCAAUACCUACUGUUUAAGUAGCUUGUAGCCAUCCCUUGUAGGAUACAUGAUGGAGGUCUUCAAGUACUGCAUUUACUUUAGUGCUUGUAGAUUUAUUUUCUGUUACAUAGUGUGCUAAGCAAUGAUUUGCAAAUACAGCUCAUGAAAAUGCCUUUAUAAUGCAUGUUUCAUACCUUCGUAGAGUCCUUUUGUAGACUCAGUGGUGUUCAACCUACUGUGAGACGUGCCAUUACAAGUGCUCAGGUCUACUGUGGAUGAUUCUGGCCAGCAAUGUUCCAACGCAACUAAAUCUGACAAAUUAAAGUCUUUGUUGUUGCAGAAUUGGAUAUCGACCAAGUUGGAAUAUACAGCGUAUUAAACCAAAGGGUUAAAGUUGCAGUUAUUUUAGGCUGAGCAUUUGCAUAUCUGUAUUGUGCCACUAGAAAAAUAAAGCUUUAACGUAGAUCUUGAUAGGACUUACUGCUACAAUAGCUUCUCUGUUUUGCUUUCGACAUUUAGUAUUCUUUUGGUAGAUUUUGAAGCAUAAAAAUCUCUGGACAGAGUUCUGUAGUUUUGGAUCCAGCUGUAAUUUGCCUUCUUAUCUAAGGUGUAAUUGGCAAGCAGACAGAGUCAUGAAACUUAGCUUAUUCCUAGCAAUGGAGAGUGACUUAACAACCAGCCUCAACAAUUGGCUGGAAACAGCACCGUUGUUUUUUAGGGGGAUUCUUAUUCUUUGGAAUAUUGCACAAAAUGUUCUUGCCAUAAACCACUUACUAACAGUCUGCCCCUUUUCCAUCUCAGUUGACCAGACUGACUGUCAGAAGAUUGCAGUCUCUAAAUCAUAGGCGAUUCUCAUAACAUCAAGAAAUCCUGCAGUGACAGAUUAACACAUCGUGUUAUUUACUGAUUCUGUAAGAAAGCAAAAGGCACUGGUCCCAAAAGCAGACAGGCAAUUUGUGAACCAGAUUGUGCAAACCUUCAAAAUGCUGCAGUAUAUUAAGUGGAUGUGGUAUUGGUUUAGCUCAGUGGUGGCCAACGUUUAUGGUCGGCCAAUAAAAUAAAUGUUCUUGAUUAAAUGCUUCUUGAUUUAUGACAUAAAAUUCAAUCAAGAAAGGCCUGGAAACGCAUUGAUUAAUUGAACCCGGACCUACUCUAAACUAAUGCGAAUUUCGGGGUGGGAUUGCUUCUUGACGAUCCCAUGGGCCGAUUCUAGCCCUCGGGCCAAGGGUUGGCACCACUGGUUUAGCUUUUAAGUUUGGUUUUAAAAUAAUAUUAAAAGGGAUACAGUCUCUUUAACAUCUAUUCUAUGCUAUGAAACAGUACCUUUAAUAGCAUUUUUACAUACUCGCUACUUCUUGGUGCUAAUUUCAUUACAAGGAAGUGUUUGGUAAACUGCCAGUAACAUACUUCAAAGCAAAGUGGGGUUUUAUAUGUGAUAACCUGUUCAAAACAAUCGAAGGGAGACCGGUUUUUCCCAACCAAAUUCUUUUUGAUACCAAAAUUGAAGGAGGUGCUUUAAUAAAUUUGUGAUAUUAUAGGCAGGCGGGAAAUUACUUGUGUCUUUUCUUGAACAUUGCAGGGAAAUGUGUACCUUAGGAAACAGUUGAUGUGUUAAAGCUAAAUUUAAAUAGAAAAAUGUGUUUAAAAUCAAUUUGUUACAUUGUCUUAUCUCUUGUUGGAAUAAGGUGGAUUCCCAAACAUUCAAAAGGGAUCUUUGCAAAAAAAUGAUAAACUGUUCUUGAUAAUCAUGCUUCUUGACAAUAUCGCCUCAAAACAGUUGCCAUAAAUAUGAUUUUUUUAAUAUAAAUGAGUACAGCGAUACUGUGAUUACUUACCCAGUGAACAUUCGGGAAGCGCAAAUAUUUUACAUGAGAUAUUCUUAUUUCUCUAGUAUCUGUCAUAGUGGAACUUGAAUGCGCUAGUGUCUAAGUUUGAUCCCAGAAUGUUAACCGAGUAUUAUAGCACAUACGGUCCGAAAUUAGCCAAUUUCAAAUCAGAUAAUAUCGUAUUUUGCGGUGAGCUCAAUUGAAAGCCAACUUGGUAUAAUAACAUGUUAUGAUUUGAUUUUGCACAAAACAUUGCAGAAACAAAGUGAAUAUCUAAAUUUCCCGAUUUGCAUUAACAAUUUUUUUUGGGCCAGCGUGUGUUUUUGUUUUGACAAGGUUCUGCAUCGUGAUUCAAUUCGAAAUUCAAUUUCUAGAUGAACCAAAGAGAUGUAUCAGCCAAUGUUUUGAAAUUGAUUUUAUCUUUUGCGACAUUGUAUUAAUUUUAAUGCCCCUGAUACAGACUGAAAAUUUUUAACAAAAUGUUGUUGUGUGACGGUUGAACACUCCAAAGCUACGGUUCCUGAAAUUACAAGCACUGUGGAAAUAAAUUGUUGCUAAAAUAA